ACGAAUGAAUCAGAAUAAUGUCAGGUACAGAUGGACCCUAAAAUUAGAAAUCUGUUUAUCAUAUUUAUAACACUGAAACAUAAGCACCUACUUUGUGACAAUCUGUAAAGUACAAAAGGAUUCCAUGUUGUUUAUUGAACUUCUUCUUGAGGUUUGAGUUACACAGUAAGUUAGGGUCAGCAUGCAGAUUUGUACCAUGGAUAGAAGCCUAAAUUGAGGGAAAUAGCUGCAUGAUUUUAUUACUGUAAUACAGUUUCAAGCUCUUGCAUAAGAGAGAGGUAAAAGUGGGAGCUUCCUGUUAGAGAUGCUGAAGGAUUUUGCUCCUAACAGCAGAGAGAUGGUGGUGGCCAGUUGCAGCAAGGCAUGCUUGUAACUGCUGUCUGCUCUUCUGUCCUGGUCCUGGUGACCAUUAGGUAGGAAGCAGUUUCACAGAGGUGAUCUGACUCCUGUCCUGGGCUGGUGUUUGCAGUUGUAGUUUGAAGGGUGUGAAUCUGAGCAUAGAUUGUUGAAGUGUUUGUAUUUGCACCAGCCCUAGUUUUGUUGUUAGACUGUAGUGUUUCAUUUGACAGGGAUUAAAAUCAGUGUGAGAAAGAUUCAGUUACAGUGAGAGAGCAGGGUUCUUUUCUCACUGGUAGUGGAAAAAGUUUCAUUAGGUUUUAAGUCAAACACAAGGAACACGAUUAGUUUUGUAGUACUAUCUCUUGGCCUCGGAGGGGAAUAUUUUUCCACUUUUUAUUCCAGCUUUUAUUUAAUCAGCUGUAAUUAUUGUUAUCUGCAAUUAUCUGUAGUAAAAAAUGGCACGUUUCAUGCAGAGCCAACUGAAUGUACAGCCUGCAUCAAUUAGAACUUGUGACAAUGGGAAAUACAUUUAAAGUAUUGAAACUUUAGACAAUGUAUCCUGGUUAAGUAUAAAUGUUAUUCCAAACAUGAUAGUUUUCAUCUGAAAGGACAGCUAAGGCUGGUGGUUGCUCUCUGGAACAGAUACCAGGGGUUUUGUUUGUUUGUUUCCAUGUUACUUAAUAAUAGGUACAGAAUAAUUGAUCUCUGGAGUGAAAGAUAGUUCUUGUUCUGAAGGAAUUCCAGUUGAAGUGGCUGUUCUUCAUGGAAGCUCUCAUAUGAGAAAUGAGUGGUGGGAAGGACAGCUGUUAUAAUAUGAUGCAGUGUGUUGCUGCUGGGCAUCAAAUUGUUGCCCUAGCCAACUUAAGACCUGCUGAAAGCACAGGGCAGACUGAUGAAUUGGACAGCUAUAUGUAUCAGACAGUAGGACACCAUGCCAUUGAUCUAUAUGCUGAAGCAAUGGGUUUGCCACUCUAUCGUUGUUUCAUAAAGGGUACAAGCGUAAAUACUGGAAGAGUGUAUAUGAUGUGUCAGGAUGAUGAGGUUGAAGACCUUUACCACCUCUUGAAACUUGUUAAGGACAAAGAAGGAGUGGAGGGUGUGUCUGUGGGAGCUAUUCUUUCUGACUACCAGAGAGUUCGAGUUGAAAAUGUAUGCAAAAGACUUCAUCUUCAGCCUUUAGCUUACCUUUGGCGUCGGAAGCAGGAAAUAUUGCUUAAAGAAAUGAUAUCAUCUAACAUUGAAGCUAUAAUCAUAAAAGUGGCAGCUUUUGGUUUAGAUCCAGAUAAGCAUCUUGGAAAAACACUGGAUCAAAUGGAGCCUUAUCUUCUGGAGGUUUCUGAGAAAUAUGGUGUCCAUGUUUGUGGAGAAGGUGGAGAAUAUGAAACAUUCACUCUGGACUGCCCUCUCUUUAAGAAGAAAAUAGUUGUAGAUUCAGCAAAAGUGGUUAUGCAUUCAGCUGAUGCAUUUGCACCUGUGGCCUACCUUCAUUUUUUGAAAAUGCACCUGGAGAAUAAGGAGAAAUCUUCAGAUACGUUUAUGGUCAAUAGCUGCUCUUGUGAAGUAAGCUGCAAUGAUGGUGAUAUUUUACCAUCUUCAGAACUGGAUGAACCACAGAAUAUCAGUCCUAUCAUCUGGAAGUCUUUGAAACAUAAUUCUUUGGAUUUCAGUAAGACAUUUGGAAAUUCAGGAAAAUCUGUGAGUGGUUACCAGUGGUUUUCAUGUAUCACUGCACAUUUUUAUCCAUCAAAAGGCAAAAAUGCUCAAGAGGCAGCAAGGGAAGCAUUUUCAUCUCUCCAAGCAACUGUAACUUCAGAGGGAUUGAAACUGAGGGAUAUUAUUUUGGUUCAUCUGUAUAUGAAGAGCAUGAAAGAUUUCAAUGCUAUAAAUUCAGUUUAUGUGACAGAAUUUGAUUUGUGUCCACCGGCAAGAGUGUGUGUGGAAACCCUGUUACCGGAUGGAGUACUAUUUUGCAUUGAUUGCCUUGCACAUAGCUGUGACAUCUCAACAAAUGACGUGUUAAGUGAGGAAAAACUGGUCAUGCAUGUACAGAGUAUUUCCCACUGGGCACCUGCUAGCAUAGGACCUUACAGUCAAUCCAUCAAGGUCGGAGAUAUUCUCUACUGUGCUGGACAGAUUGGCCUAGUACCUUGUACUAUGCAGCUUGUUAGUGGUGGCGUAUGGACUGAGGCCACAGUUGCCCUCAGUCAUGUUGAGAAAGUCCUCCAGGCUAUGAGCCAGAAGACUACGCUACACCACGUCAUCACAGCAAUCUGCUAUGUAACUGACAGCAAACACAUUCCUGUUGCUUAUUCUAUAUGGAAGAAGAAAUUAAGAGAUUGUAAAAAGGUUGAAGAUCCAGAAACAUAUAAUGAAGUACCUGCAGAGUGUGGGAUGCUUGCUGUGGUUGUUGUAACUCACUUACCCAGAGAUGCUGCCAUCGAAUGGCAUGUUACUGCAGUAGUUGAUGACCCACUCCAAAGAAAACAUUUUGCAAAGAAGAUGUUAUCAGAGGGCUUCCAAAUUGAUUGUGAAUCUGUGAAGUCCAGUUCUGCAUCUUGUGCAUCAGUCUCUGUACGUCUGAGCUUGAUUUCACCACCCACUUCUCAGCUUGAUUUAGAUGGACCUGUUCAUGACUUAGUUUCUAUGUUUAGACAAGCUGUUGAGAAACUUUCAGAAGAUUGCAGUGCAAGUCCUUUGUCAUUUAGAGCUUUCUUCAAGAAGGAUGUCUUUGAUAUUGGAACGUUACAAUCAGAACGAGCGUAUUCUGACUUGGCACUUGUGAAGCAUCUGAAAGAAGCAGGCUGCCAGAAAUGUCUUGCAGCAGCGCAGUGUAACACUGCGCAGAAGGCCAUGGUCUGGAGUAUGCACACCCAGGUCACUGAGAUGCCAGAGGAGGCACCCAUGGAAUCUCCAGGCCUGAAUGUAUAGUCAAAGUAGCAUCAACAGGGCACGACAGAAGUCCAUUGCAGAUGUUUAUUUCAAGGCCUCCCUUUCUGCUGGAGAAUUACAGUCCCAAGAACUGCAGGCACCAGAAGCCAACUAGAUUUGCCCUGUCUUAUCUCCUGCAUUAAGCUGCUUGAUUCAGGAGCUGCCAGAAUUUGGCAGUGCCCAGCAUACAAACAAAUGGCCUAGAAAGAGACUGCAGCAGAUUAUAUUACUGUGAAUCCUGUUUUUCCAUCCAUUUCUACUGUAUAUCAGGUGUGGGCCGUUACACCUCAUUCUGAAAAUCAAAAGGUUGAAAACAAAAGAAGCAUCUCAGGCUGCCACUUCGGUGUAAGUAUUCCUCCUUGCUGUACCACUCCAUUCUGAUCAAGCCUUCUAACACCUGGCCACCACAGCUGUGGCAGGAAACAUUCUCCCAGAAUAUGCCACUCACAGGCAAGGGAGCUUGAGUGGAAAGCAGAUAAAAGAAUAGUAACCAGAUCCCAGGUGCCUUGUCAUCUAGUAGAAUCCAAAGACCUAAAUGACACAUGUGGCUUCUUUAUAAAGAACACUGUGAAACACAAAUCCCAUGAAUGUGUUCCUUAAAUCCAUGUCGGGUCCCCAGGAUUCUGAGAAGGUCCAUACUAUGUCUACUGACAGGCAUUACUGGCAAGUGUUGAUGUCUCCCUUUUGGCUUUAAUUCAGGCCCCAGGUCACUGCAGUGUGAGUACUUCUCCAAACAAAUGCAUCUGUUUUCUACCUUAAUCAAGAAAGACAUAUAUCUCUUUGUAUUGUUACUUUUAAGUUUAUGAGAGAAAUUACAUGCCUCAGGAUAUGUGCUCUUCCAAUUACUUUUUAACAUUUAUUUACAGAGCUGCCAUCCUGGUUCCCCAUGUUGCUAACAUCAGUCAGCUCUCCUGGAGCCCUUUGAGAAGGACAACAGAAAACUACUUGCAGCAACUAGAUUAAAUAGGGAAUAUGAACCAUGUUUAAUCCUUUUUUCAUCCUUCCUCCAAGAAGGAAGACAAAGAGGUAUGAUCCACUACAGCUGUGAAAUGGUAAAACCUUGGGUGGGAAGCAGAGCAUUCUAAUACAGCAUAUAAGUUGCUUUGAUGGUUGCAUGGAUGGAGUAAGUGUAGGUACUCAGAAGCUUAAUCUAGCUUUAUGUGUUAUGUCAUUCAUACAAAAACAGAAACAAACUUGAUACUUCAGACCCUCACUAAAAUUAUUGCUUGAAUUUACUUAUUUUUAAAUGUAUUUGAACACUUGUGUUUCCUUUCAAGAAUAGGCCUGUCACUAAUUAAAUAGUAAAAAAGAAAAUAAAUUAUUUCCCUCUCUUCCUGCCUGUUUUCGUACGAUUUGCUAUUUCAGGUACAAACUGUUCAGUACAAAGAACCACUUGUGCAGGUUUCUGAGGUGUUUUGCAUCAAACCAUCAACGAUAUUCACAUUUAUUUAAGAAAUCCUCCCCUUCAUUGAGUUAUUGCACUGAUGUUGGGUUAGCCUUCUUUAAUACCGACUUACCAGUAAGAAUUUAUUCCCUAAUGUACAUUAAAACUGCUAAUCAAAACUAAUUCAGCAAGACACUAAAAAUAUGCUUUUGUGAUAUUACUGAGACUGUGUGCAUUGCUACUUUUAUCACUGUGUCCAGUCAUCUAGAAAAUCUAACAAGCCUCAGUAUCUCAAGACCUCUAAGUUAUCUUCCUAGUUUGGGUCCUAUUAUUUCUCUUACGUAAAUUAUGGAGUGUGGGGAAACCUUUGCAUUGCUAUGCCUGCAUGGAAACCUGAGGAAAAUAAACCUAUUGCAACAGAUCUGUUUUCAGGAAUGGACAUUAAUGUGUAUCGUCUGCUGAAGAAGCCUUGGAACAUGGUGCCCUGGGCACCUUUACUUGAGACAUGGAAAAGGUAGCUAGUAAAAACUGUAGGAAGCAGUCUGUUCCAAGACUGGUGACAAUAAAGGGUGAAAUGGAAAAGAAAAAAGGCAAAAAACUCUCAGCGCUCUUUCCCUGGGUAUUAGGAAGAUGAUUUUGGCAGCUCUGGAGUCUCAGAGCUCUGCUAAAAUGCGUUCCCUCUUAAUAUUUUAAUGAGCUCAACAAUUGACAGUCCCAGCUGAGUACUUCUUUUUGUUGCUGUUGCUAAGCAAAACAGGGGUAAAAAAAGCUCCCUUUUCAUCCUGUAAAUCAUAAAUACAACCAAACCAUUUGUUUGAUAUAUGCAGAAAUUCAUUCCACUUCCAUGCCAGAUCAUCCCACAUAGCUUAGUUCGUUUUCUCGUGUUUUUUAUACAUACUUAUUCAAUCUCUACAACGUGUCCCAGGACACAUCCAGAUUUUAUUGUCUUCAUGUCCUAUAUAACCUUCAGGCCCACCCAAAAUCCACUCAGCUUGGACUCUUCAUUCGGUCUCCAGCACAACCCAUGUUAAUAUGUACUGAUACAGGUUUUAUGUUCUUCUCUAUACAUUUUUCUGUAUCUUGCCUUGCCAGCUCAUAUAAUUUUAGAUUUCGGCAAUGUUUUUAGAAAUGCUGGGAGGUUUCUGCAUUCUUUCUCUCUCUCCUUCUCCAGUGACUUCCUGCUUUCCUACAAAAACUUUCUGUCUUCAAAUUAAAGAAAUCCUUAAAACUGCGUACUCUUUGUUAUCUAUUUGUCAAGUCAAAUAAAAAUGUUCUUAUUCUCCCCUUACCUUUUCCCUUCUCUUCUACACUUUCUUAGCCAUUUGUCUGCAUUUUACUUAGCCACCUGAAUUUUCUUUCACUGAUGGGUAUUUAAAAGAAAUUCUAGUCCACAUAUUGGUUGAUAAAGUCUGAUAUUGUCCUUCCAUUCCUGUUCUCAGAACCUACCAUGUGUUAGUGAGAAUGUCUUACCUAGUAUGAUAGACAAUAUUGUCUUUGCCAUGUGUAAGGAAAUUCCAACUAUCAACAUUAGCAAGUCAUAACUAGCUGCCAGGUCCCACUUUGCAUAUUCAGAACAUGUUCCUGGUUCCACUCUUCAAUCUGUUGAUUAUAUGGUUUUGUUUAGCAUAAGCUCCAUUUAGAAGCUGUUGGUAGGAAGUUCCCUCCACAUCAAAACUGAUGUUCCCUCCUGAACAAUGUUGGUCUCUGAUGUUGAACCCUGACCUUUAAGGCACAGCCAACAAGCAUUUUGGAGGGCCACAGUAAAGAGUUAUAUAGUUCCAGUUAGAACGGAGAGGCAGAGCAAAAUCAGCAAGAGCUCCCAUUAUCCUUCUACAGGUCAUUGCUAAUGGAACAGCAAGAAGGGAAAUCUCUUCCUUUGGUGAAACCAUCUAACAUAAGACAAAGAAAAGUUAGAAGAAAGAACGGACAGAGAGAAUAUUUUUAGUCAGACUGCAUCUUUAGACUUCAUAAAUCUUCCUUUGACUAUGGAGUUCAGCAUUGCAAUUUUGCUACUUUGAGGUUUUAAUAUACUGAUGUUACUCUAAAAACAAUAACAACAACUUUAAAAACAAACAAGCAAACAAACAAAGAGCCCCAGCAUACAAUCAUUUUUCAUGUUCCAAGGUAGCUGUACUUCUUGUUCUAGUAUAGGAGAGCUCCAAGCACACAUGAACUCGUCCUCAAUGACCAUUUCAAAGGUAGUCUGUUGAACCUCAAAAAUCUUUUGUGUGUUUACCACAGUUGCCUUUUUGUUUGCGUGCUAAGCACAAAUCUUGAACAAGCUACGAUGCUCUACCUCAUUUAUUUUUGCCUUUUUUGUCUCAUCUCUGGAUUCAACACCUUUCAAGUGCAGUUAACCACUUACACAGGAAAAAGGAAUUUAAUAAACCACAUGGUCACACUGUAAAGGAUUCUCUUGCAUUCCUUUCCUAUGUAAAUGGUCUGUAGCUUUUUCAUGAAUCAGGCCCAUAGACUCUUUAUUUCACACUUCCAUCUUCCUUUCUCUGUAGAACUGCAAUUUAAAUGAUCCUGAAACAUUUGAAGACAAUUACAGGUUAGCUUUGCAUAUCAGUGACCUACCAGUAAUUCUCUAAAAAGAUCACACUAUUUGAUCUACAGCUGUCUGAUUUCAGGAAUGGAACACAUUAUCUGUAAGUGGUAGGGACCCAUAGGAUAAUCAAGUCCAACUCCUGUCAACUAAUACAACUCCUAGAAAGAUAGAACGAUACUCUGAACUCUAGGUAGGGUUGAAAAAUAGUCCCAGAAGACACCACAGAAUAGCUACUUCCUACUCUUUCCUCAGAGCUUCACACAGUUCUAGAACACUUGUGGAUUGCCAGGACUUUUUACUUCCUUUAUGCUUUGAGCAACACAUAAAUCAUUCAGAGGGCUUGGAAUGUCUUAUUAACAGGAUUGAAGGGAGCUUCACAAAUCACAUUUUGGCAGACUGUAUAUUGUUACUUAACAGUAUUUUUUAAAGAAAUUGUAUAGCCUGUAUUCCCAGAGGCUGAAGUGGAGACAUAAAUGAAGCUGUCUUACAAAGAGCAAAGUUAUGACGGGUGAGAGAUUAAAAUUAGUAUACCAUACUGUGCAAAAAAAAAAAAAAAAAAUUAACUUGUGAUUUCUGCGUUGCAGCAGACCCACCAGGCCUGAUCUCCAUGGGGUUCUUAGAGAAAAGAAGGCUGCCUGACAGCUUGGAGUGAACACUUGAGACUUGAUCAAAGGUGGAGUAAGAGUUACCAACCAGCAGAGACUUCUGCAGGGACUGGAGCAGCAUACGUUUUGAAAUCAGGGCUUGAAAUGUAGCCACAAAAACUGUCAGGGACUCAGCAUUUAACUAGAUUUUGAGUCAACUGUAAAAUAUUUGGACAAGAUUCUUUUCCUUCCCCUUUAGCUCCUUCCAACAUCCUCCCUCUGGAAAAAGCACUUUGAUAUGUGGAAUAUAAAUUAAGAGGUCUCCAAAAAAGUUGAUACGUAUUUGAGAAAAUAUUGUUGCACAGCAUGACUGGACAGUUUUAUUCCAUUUGAGGCAGAUUGAAAAGAUGGAAAUUACUGUGAUAUUGGCUGAUGGAAUAGCUCCAAACUUUUUCAGUUUUGUCUGGAAAAGGCACGGCUUAGCUACUGUUGUCUUACAUAGUGACUAAAUGUAAAUACUAUAAAAUAUUUAUGAAUAAUGAAUGCCAAACUGAUCAUAUUGUAGAUUUUUACUGGAGCAUAUAUGUCUUGUUAUUAACCUGACAUUUAUAGUACCUCACCUCUUAUCAUUUAAUCAAGUCAUCUGUCUAUAUACUUUGUCUUCUGAAAAAUGAGAAGUUGGAAACAGCUUUGUGAUUUAUUCAAAAUCUCUGGGACUGUUUCUGCCAGUGUGUGUGCUGAUAAAUGUUAUGUUAACAGGUUCUCUGUUUGUUUAACAUUUCCCUGAGGAGAGUUCGAUGUGAUUUAAGCAAUCUCACAUAUUUAAAAUACAACAUUUAUUUCAAGUCUGCAGUGAGAAAGACAGGAAGGGUCACAGGCAGCACAGCCACUGGUCUCACAGUUGAUAGCCUUUGUCUUCCUUAGUAGAAGUUUAUUUGCAUCUCAAACUACUACUGGUUUUGGAAAUCUUGACUUAAGAGAACAUAGUGUAGAAAUUAAGUCAUGCAUUGCAAGACUAAAAACAGUGUAGGAAUUUGUCCAAUAACAGUCUAAUGUCUGUUCUCCACUUUUUGUCUAUGUCUGCAUAUGGUUUGCUAUACAUCAGCUUUCCCUUAGAGGAAUCAGAAGGCUUUUUACAACAUACAUCCUCAGCGUGCACGUGCGCGCGCACACACACACGCGCGCACACACACACACACACACUCAUAUCCUUGCUAGCUGUUUUCUAGAAUGUUUUUUCCCUGACAGUAUUACAGAGGUGAUAAAUCAAGCCUCAAUUAUGCAUUAUGCAUAGAGAGCAUUUGGAAUUGCUAAAACACUUCAAAGUCUUAGGUUAUUGCCUUUUUGCCAUGCAUAUCUGUUAUACCUUGCCUCCAUUUGAUGGACACCUAAUUAAAAUGAAAAAAAAGCUGAAUCCAUACAAUACCAAGGCUCAUUAUUAUCACUGUAUACAGACUGUAAGUGAAAAAAACUACAAUGCAAAGCCAACUAGAUCAAGUGAUCCUAGUAAGUUUUAGCAAAUAUGGUCAUUGUUUUUUGUUUGUUUGUUUGUUUGUUUUUAAAUCAAACAUUAUAGAAGAAACAUUACCAUUGAGCAUGGGCCCUGGGAAGCUCAAACUUUGACAAAUAAUGAAAUACUUAGUGAGAAGAGCUAAUGGAGUCUCCUGUGCGUCCAAGUUUUGAUUGAGUUGUAACUGCCAAAAGCGAUGUGUCAGGCUCUAGAAGGAGAAUGCUCAUCUGAGGAGGACUUAGUAGAUUGUCUAGAAGCUGUCACCUGUCCUUUGGGUGAAAUGAUAAAUCUGAUAACUAGACAGUUUUAAUUUUGGAUGAGCUUGCUCCGAGGUGUCAGAGAAGUUGCUCUAACCCCUCUAUCAUCUCCCCAUAUAAAUUACCUUUCAUAUAAUGUAGUGUCUGGUGUGUAUAAAUGAGAUUACUCCUAAAAGACAUUAAUUCUAAAAGCUAGAUCUGCUGUUUGUUCAUAGAUUCAGACAACUUUCUUUCCUGUGAGUCUUGCAACCCACAGGAUAACUAAAGAUUUCAAAAGAUCAGAGAUUCAGCACAGCAAGGCUUUUAUCACUGGACAUACAACUGCCCUUAGGCACUUUUCUUGACUUUCUACAGAACAUCAACUUGCUAUAAAGGCCAAGAUGAUUUCUUUCAGUAAUAUCUUGAAGAUUGCUGACUACUACCAUCAGUGCUGGUCUGCAACAGCAGAGUAACUCCUGACUCAUCAUCAUCUGCCCCUGCAAUCCACAGCAGACAAUUAGGGAAAGUUCAAAACACUGUGCAUUUUCAGAAUUACUAGAAAAGCUGGAAAGCUUAUCCUAAAACACUGAUUUAGUGGCCGUCAUAGUCACAGGCAGAAGUCUUGAUGCCUUUCAGUUAAAAGCCACAUCUCUAGUCAUGUUUUUAUUAGAUGAAGUGAAAUGUCCUCCAAGUGCAUAAAUUCUACCAUCUUUCACUGCAAUUUAUUUAAUUAGAAUAUUAUUUUAUGCUCAAAUAUAAAUUGCUUGUAAAGUCCCUUUGUCAAAAGUGCUUUUAAAGGGGAAAUACAGAGAUGACACAACACAAGUAAUUAAGAUCCUGAUUAUUCUGUUUACUAUAGUUUUCAGUUUCCUCAUCUGACUUGGGUGAAAACAAAUUUUUGAUUUGUGGAUUUAAGCGCAUUGGAUGUUUUUGAGUAGGGCAUUGUUACUGGGGACUAAAUACUACCUAAAACUUGCAAAGCAAUUGUUUAAAUAUCUUAGAAGAAAAAAAUUAGGAAAGUUUUCUUCUGUGAACCAGAAAAUGAAGAUUUUUAAAUCUUGUAAUUUAGUAAUAAUAAUAAUAGAAGUCUCUGUAAUACAGCCAGUGAGGUUAUCCUUACUGUUAGAAUGUCCAAUUCAGACAAAAUAAAGGUUAACAACUUAUCAAAUUGAAUUAAAAUAUAGAAUCCCCAGCAUCCCUACUCAUCAUAUUUUAAUGACAUGUAAAAAACACAUAGAUGAUCAGUUGAUUCUGAGCAAAUCUUUAUGUGCAGUUGUCAUGAACAAUAACUUACCUCAGCUUUUUACAAUAUUCUUUUGAAGAGCUGCAAAUUUAAAACUAAAUCCAAAUGUAUAAUUACUUAGGGAUUCUAUAUGCAGAGAGCUGAAUCAGAUCAUUUGCAUGAGAAAAUCCAGUCCAGCAUAAAAGAAAACUUUGAGCUAUACAUCCCAUCUAAGUACAGGGUAAGAUUACAUAUAAAGAGCAAUAUAUAUCUGAAGAGUAGAAUAAAAUUGGGCAGUAGGUCUAGCCUUUUCCUGAAUAAAAGUAUCUGAGCAAAUUGGCUUUUUGUAGUUAUUUUGAAAGUAGAUUCAAAAGCAUACUUCUAUCAUCCUAAAAUAUACCUACUUUUAUGUAACUAAAUUCUGUGUAUUCACUCUUUAUUUCUCUGUAAAGGGAAUAAUCUCUAAAGGUCACUCUCUUGUCCUAACAUCAAAAUCCUGGAGGUUCUUUCUGUCCUCAUUAGAUUCUGUCUGAUUCUUGCUAUUAACCUCAGCAGGAACAGGACUUGAUUUUAAUACUACUUCAGGGGCCUCCUCCAGAUUCAGUUACUAAUCUACUUUUAUAUGUAAAUCUCAUGAAUCGUUGAUUUAUCUGAAAAUGAGGGAAGAAGAUGUCUGUGAUUUUGCUAGGUGGAGAAUCAAGGACUAAAUGAUUGUCAGUUCUCAGAGUUAAAAAAUGAAAAGAAAAACAAAACCCUUCAGAACAGCAAAAGUAUCCAGUUCCUCAUCAUUCUGCAUACCGGUAGUCUUGAUGAUGUUUGCUCUUUUCCAUUCACAUUGUCCUUAAUAAUUCAGUACUUUUUUUCUUUAAUCAUAUUAUUAAAGGCAAUGGACUGAUGAUUCAUUCUGCUUUCUUUGCUCUUUCAGUGAUGUCCAUUAAUGAAGACUUACUUUUCAGCACCAUUGACUUACUUACCUAAAUUAUUUAUUUAGUUAAGCAGUUCAGUGUAUCAAACUUUUCUUGCUCAGUGUAACAGCUACUUAUAGCUCAGAUUAGAUUUCAUAUUGAUUUUCUUCUGGAAAAUGUGUGUGAAAUGGACUGAACUUUAAGUGCCAAAAACUGGUAAAUGCAGGGCAGAAGAAGGAAUAGCAUAAUAGAGCUGCAUGGUUAACACUUAUUCCCCUUUCUGUAGCAAUUUUUGUCACUUGUUCUCCUUUUCAUUUGGGAAGUUAUUUUCCUGCUAGUGAGGGUACUAGCCUAAUAUAUGGAAGCAAAAAUAAGCUUUUUCCUAUUUAAUUCAUUGAGUUUUAAUUUUUCCAAAUCAGACAAAACAGAUAUGAAUGCCUUUCCCAUCCAAGGCCUAUACACUAAAUUAUCACUUGCAGAAGACUUGUAAAUCUUCGUGGAAAUAAUGUGAUUAAGAACAUAUACUUAAGAGAAGAUUUUUGAGUUAUUUCUUGUGCAAAUUGUUGCUCAUUGCCUUGUUUCUCCUGUCUCCAAGGAAAUCUAGGUUGUUUGUGGCUCAAAUUCCUUUUUUUCUUUAUUGGAUGUUUUGCCUGUUAUUUAAAUUAUACAGAAGAAGCUUUGAAUGCAGAAGUAUUGGAAAAUUCUUCGAAUUUAUUUCUUCCACUCUUAGCUACACCUGUGGAAUGUGACUCCAGGAGUAACAACAGAAGCACUUUCUCUGGGUAGCAGGAAUGUUCAUCUUGACUCUUGAGAGUUUCACCAUAAAAUGCUGAUUAGUAUGAAAAAAGUAACAAAGGCUGAGGUAGGAAAAAAACUGUAGACAUUUAUCAGUACCCUGAGUGCAGCCCCAUGGGAUUUGGCUCGAAGUGAUUUGGUGGUCUGUGCUUUAGUCAACGCAGAAUACAGUGCAGCUACACAAGCUGGAUUCAAGCUGCUGAGUGCAGAGCAGUGUGAGAAAGAGCUGGAAGAAGGGGAGUGGUUUCUCCCUGUCAUGGUUUUAUGGAAAAGGGGAAUCAAGCCAAUUUGCAGAGGUAAAGGCUGUCCAGCU